AGUCAAUAGCUUUAGAGACUGUAAAGAUUAUUGCUCCUACAAUCUUCAAACAGUGUAAUUAAAAUCACAGAAUACUACCUUCACGUUAAUAGAGAGACUCCCCUGUGAUGGCCAUCUCAAAAGUAUCGUGUAUGCAGAGCCAACUCUAGAUGUGGAGACACUGGAGUAACAUAUUCAUGCUGCAUUUGACAUUGUUCGGAUGCGCCCUGGCCAAAGUGAAUGUGUGAAACAGAACGCACUACGAAAUACUUCCGGCCUCGAGUCAAGUGGGCAGCUGCUAAUCCUUGCGGGGAUGUGAGUGGGCGUCCCCCGGCGUAGGUUGUGACGUAUUGAAGCCGAGGUGGGGCGUUGCCCACAACAUCGGGCCGAGAUGGGAGACCGCGAGGAGCGUCAGGACCUGCUCGUGCGAGACGGUUCGCACGAGUACGACGCCACCUCCGGCGCGGGGGCGGUCGGGCCCGGCGGCUACUGCAGCGACGACGACGAGUACGAUGCGGACGGGGGCGGUGUCACCCUGUCGCCGGCGAGGGAGGCGGCGGAGGUUGCGGCCCUCGCCUUCAUGCUCGCCCUUUCGGCGGCGGUGGCCGUCGUCUUGCUGCCGCUCUACUUGGACACCGUGGCCUCGGUGGGCGACGCCUACACCGCGCUGCUGUUCACCACAAUCGGUUCGUCAGCAGUUCUGCUGCCAGUGGCGUGGGUGGCAGGGGGCGUACGCGUGGGCGGCUACGGCAGUGCCGGCAUCGCCGGCUACGCGCCACCGAGCGUGCGCUUCCGCCUGCGGCUGCAGCCGCGGCGGCGCUGGCUGGUGCCCCUGAGGGACGGGUCGCUGCUGGCCCUGGCGGGCUUCCUGACACUGAGUGCUCUGCAGGAGAAGCGGGUGCCGUGCCACGCGCAGGACCCGCUCAAGGGGCUCAUCGUGGUCGUCGCUAUCGUACACUAUUUCUUCUUCUCACACAGGGUGGUGUGCCUGCGGCAACUGUUCCUGAGCACGGGGGCGGCGGUGGGCCUGUUCGUGGCGUGCGACUACGCACUGUGCGACGGGUACCGGUGCCGCGGCUGGGAGCGGGACGGCGGACGGGAGCAGGACGAGGGCCCGCCGCUGGGGCGCGGGCUGCGCGCCGCCUGGCUCGUGGCUUACCUGACGGGGCUCACCGUAUGGACGCUGGUGGCGGGUGCCCUGUCCGAGGGCGGCGAGCGGCCGUCCGCGCCGGGCGCGGCACUGCUGCACGCGGGUCGCCUGCACGCCACGGCACUGCCCCUCGCGCUCUUCCUGUUCGUUCUGGAGCUCGUGCCGGGCAUCGCCGGGGUGAGUGCGAAGAGCUGA